UGGAGAAAGUGCCGGGUCUUCGGGCACGGACAGACAUCCAGUUCCUGUUGGCUUUCCUCAGGGCCCGGAAGUUUGACCAGGAGAGGACGUUUGCGCUGAUCAAGAACCACUACCAGGAGCGGGUGGAGAACUUCCUGUCGUCUGACAGCCUGUUCGAGGAGGACAACAAAUAUGGCUACGUCAACAUGGCGCUCAACUCGGAGCAGACGACCAGCCGCAGCGGGGAUGCCGGGAUAGAAGGACUCGGGGGAACCUUCCGGAAACUGGACAUUUGAACCUUCCGGAAACUGGACAUCUGACUGUUGCUGCAGUUUCUCCAUUCACCUUCCCAUCCACGUCACACAUGUGGGCAUUUUGAACAGUCUCAGAACAAAUGGAAAUAGAAUUAUGUUUCCAAUUAAAGUUUUUUAUUUUUAUUUUGUUAAA